AUGUCAACUUUCGCCAAUCUCAAGAAGAUUUGCCUGCCUCGUGCCGGUCGCCCACCUCCAGCACCUGCACAUGACCCAAACGGCGACCCUUUAGCACGACUGGGCACACCGACGUACGCCAUUACCUCACGAUCAUCGACACUAUCCAACGAUCCUCCGCCCUCCUCUUCCUAUCCAACCCUCUGCGCCAGGUCCGAUCUUGCUGCAAUAAAAAGCAUUCUCAACGAAGUUGCAAAUUUCGACGGCCAAGCCUUCUUCUCGUCUACCCACUACAAGGUCUUAAACAACGCCAUGAGCCAAGUUUCAAGAGAACAACAGACGUCCUCGAUCAUCAUCUGUAGAGUUCGCGCUUGA